AUGGACUCCGAAAAGAUGGAGGAAAAGCUGCCAUACAUCGUGGAUGAAACCCCCUACGUACCUGACGAUGUCUACCCUUUGCACACGUUGGAUUUUAAUCCGAACUAUGUGGAUUGGGUUAUGAGAUUCAAUGAUCUUCUCGAUGCCGAUAUGUUGAAGAAGUCUCUCUCCAGGCUAUUGGAGAUUGGUGACUGGAGAAAGCUCGGUGGACGAUCAUCCGCAGGACCCCGAGAGAAUGUAUCUUUCUCACACGAUGUGAUCGAUUCUCCCAUCGGAGAGCACCCAGUGGCCAGCAAACUUCCAGUCAGAACCGAAGGCCCAUCCCUUCAUCGCAUUAUGCCCGAGUCAAAACCUUUCAACAGCCGAGCAAACUUCCCCGUGUUCAUGGACAUGACAAAGAGUGAUAUUCCUCCGAUCUCUGUGCAUGUGACCACUUUCCACGACGCAACUAUUCUCGCUCUCUCAUGGCCUCACCAGUUGAUGGAUGCCAUGGGUGGCAAGGCUCUGCUCGCUGGAUGGUCGUCAGUACUGGCUGGACGGGAAGAUGAAGUGCCCGAAGUGAUCGGUGCCCGCGAAGAUAUCCUCCUUCACCCGGAAAUCAGAAGGGAGGAGGAUGAGGAGCUCAUUCUGGAGAAGCAUCGUCUGAGUGGCGCCAGUCUGGUCUUGUUCCAGCUGCGCUUCCUGUGGGACUACCUCUGGAGUGGAACCCGUGAAAAGCGUGUCAUCUAUCUUCCCAAGGAAUCUGUAAUGAAGAUGAAAGCCGACAUUAAGGCUGAGCUGGCUUUGCAAGCCACGGACGUCGAGACUGCUCCCUGGGUCAGUGAAAAUGAUAUCAUCGCUGCGUGGGCAGCACGAUGCUUGGCUCUAUCCGAGUCGAGUUCCCGUCCAGUCACAAUCUUGAACUUCUUGAACCUGCGUUUCCGACUUCCGCUGCUGGCCAAGUCAAGCGGUGUAUUCAUUCAGAACAUCUGCGUUGGAACAUUCACAUUCCUGUCGUCUAAACUGGCCCGGGCGCCAGUCAGCGAGAUUGCGCUGGCGAAUCGGGCUCAUACUGCCGAACAAGGAUCGGAGGUGCAAAGCCGCUUGCUCAUGAAUACUUUCAUGAAAGACCUCGAGGAAGGCAAGGAACCACGUCUUUUGUUUGGACCCUCGAACGGGGUUUGCAUGGUUGUCAACAAUGUCAUCAAGAUCGAGUUGAUGAAGACUGCCAACUUUGGACCUGCGGUUGUGCGACAGGGAGAGAGCUCAGAGACCAGACGGAAUCCCCCCGGUACCAUGAUCAGUUAUUACAACGAAUAUCUCGACCACAUGUACGACGCUUUCAACGCGUUUGUGAUGUUCGGAAAGGAUCAUGGUGAUGACUAUUGGCUUGGCGGUGCCUUGUUGCCCAAGGCUUGGAGGGUGAUUGAGAAGGAGCUUCAAAAAUUUCUAAUCAAGCUCGCGCCGAGCACCAUCGAGCCCCUCAUCGACCCAACCCUCACGCAGACCCCCCGCGCCCCCAGACAACAUCAACAACCUGGUGCUCCUCAAGGCUAUCGUCCACAAGUCCCUUCGGGUGCGGCUGCUGCCACACCUGCGUCGAAGCGCAGCGAGCCAUGGGACCCCUUCAAGCCAGUUGCGCCGUCUGCAUACAACAACAAUCGUGGACUUAUCCCGCCUGGGUCUGUGGGCAUCAAGCGCCCUGAAAAUGUGACUUGGAAUACACCGCGGGCCCCCAGGCCGAUCUUCCAAUCCAAGCCUCUUCCGCCCAAACCGAGCAAUUCGUCUAAGAACCUGCAAAGCUUCAUCGAUCUCACACGUGAUGCAAAUGAUCCUGUUCCCCGACAGCCAGCCGCGCAGUCUCACUCCAGUUUUGGGGCUAUGGACAUGAAUGGAUAUGUUGACUCGGCUAUGGCAAACGAAAACAUCAAGGCUUUGCUUGAGGGUGCAUUUGAAGACGAGGAAGACAAAGAGCAGCCGAAACCUAAGGGCAAGAAGAAGAACGGCUCCAAGAAGUCUUCCAAGAAGAAGAAAGAUGUCAUUGUCGAAGAGAAGAAGGAGCCAGCUUCUGAUGACCUUGAUGAUCUUGCGGCUCAAUUAUCUGGUGUUACGGUCAAUGAUCCUAAGGACGCCGAGUCCAAGCUCGCAAAGUCUACCAGUGAAGAUGAAAAGAGUGCGACCGACCAAGAUGAUGAGCAGAAGGCAGAUGAAGAAGAUGACGAUGAAGAGGAGGAAGAGGAAGACGAAGAGGAGGAAGAUGACGGAGUGGUCGAAGGCCUGAAAGUCACACUGCUGCCCCAUCAAAUCGAGGGUGUGCGGUGGAUGUGCGAUAAGGAGACCGGACGAAAGAACUCAAAGGGAAUUUUCCCCAAGGGUGGAAUCCUCGCAGAUGACAUGGGUCUCGGCAAAACUGUGCAAACGAUUGCUUUGCUACUCAGAAACCCCAAAUCUGCCAACGAACACAGCGAAAACAACCCCGAUUCCGAGGGGCAAACCACCAAGCUACCACCAAAUUGUAGCAGCUCUACCCUCGUCAUUGCUCCCCUUGCGCUCAUCAAGCAAUGGGAAGCAGAAAUCAAAGACAAGGUAGAAGACAGCCACAAACUUCGCGUAUGUCUGUAUCACGGUACAACCCGUGCGAAGACAUCGACCACAUUGGACAAGUACGAUGUUGUCAUCACAACCUAUGGAACCUUGACCUCUGAAUUCAAUUCAUCGGCAUCCGACAAGGCCAAGAAGUCUGGUAUUUUUGCGCUCCACUGGUACCGUAUCAUUCUUGACGAGGCCCACACUAUCAAGAAUCGCAACGCCAAAGCUACUCAGUCCGCCUACGCUUUGGAUGCUCAAUACCGCUGGUGUCUGUCAGGAACACCGCUUCAAAACAACUUGGAUGAGUUGCAAAGUCUCAUCAAGUUCCUCCGAGUCAAGCCAUACGAUGAUCUGGCUGCCUGGAGAGAUCAGAUCAGUCGGCCUUUGAACAACGGUCGAGGUGGACUUGCCAUUCAGCGACUACAGGUCUAUUUGAAAGCGUUCAUGAAACGCCGUACCAAGGAUGUACUCAGACUCAAUGCACCCAACCCUGGUGAAGAAGGACCCGAUGGAAAGCCCAAGAAGUCAUCGAACGGCUUCCACAUCACUAAGCGUGAGGUCAUCCAGGUUGCCGCCGAAUUCAUGCCCGGCGAGCUGAACUUCUACAAACGCCUCGAACAGCGAACAGACAACAGCCUCGAGGAGAUGAUGGGUGGUUCCAAGGUCAACUAUGCCGGCGCCUUGGUCCUGCUGUUGCGUCUUCGUCAGUCAUGUAACCAUCCCGACCUGGUCAAGGGUGACCUGGCAAAGGAUAAGGAUAUUCUACUGCAAAAUGGCACCGCGAACAGCCAGUCAAGCCAGUCCAAGUCCGAAGACCUUGAUGACAUUGCUGACCUCUUCGGUGCUAUGAGUGUCGUCACCAAGAAAUGUGAUGUCUGUCAAACCGAUCUUAAGAAGGAAGAAGUCAAGGCCGGUGGCACUCGUUGCGCUGAGUGUGAAGCUGAUUUGAACACCAACUUCAUGGUUACGGAUUCGACGAAGAAGAAGAAAUCCAAGAAGUCCAAGAAGUCCAAGAAGCACCGUGAUCAACAAGGCGAUGCUCCGGAAUCACCAUCCGCUCGCAAAUCGGAUGCUCAGAUGGCCCGCUCUCGCAAAAAUCGUCGAAUCAUCAUCGACAGUGAUGAUGAAGAUGACGAGGAGGGUGACUGGGUUGUGCCGGAAGAUCAGCGCAAAUUGUCCAACCUUGGCAAGGCCGGCGGGUUGGAUGAUGAGAACGCCGAAGGCGGCGGUGAGUGGCUCAACUCCGAGGAUGAAACCGACGAGGAAUCGAACGAUGAGAUCGAAUCGCCUUCUCGGAGAAAGAGCAAACCCAUCGUUCUCAGUGAUUCCGAGGAUGAUAGCGACUCCGACUCUGGCUCCGACGAUAUCUACAACGAUGAAGGAGAAAACGGAGAACUGCCAUCGACCAAGAUUCGCCACUUGAUGCGUAUCCUCAACCGCGAAGCACCGGACUUCAAGUUCAUCGUGUUCUCGGUUUUCACUUCUAUGCUCGACAAGAUCGAACCGUUCCUGAAGCGGGCUAAUAUUGGCUUCGCGCGCUAUGACGGUGGAAUGGCAAACAAUCAUCGCGAGGCUAGUCUUGAGAAACUACGCAACAACAGUGGAACUCGUGUUCUGCUCUGUAGUUUGCGCGCUGGUGCAUUGGGUCUGAAUUUGACUGCUGCUAGCCGCGUGGUCAUUCUAGAGCCUUUUUGGAAUCCCUUUGUGGAAGAGCAGGCUAUUGACCGUGUCCACCGCCUCAACCAAACCGUCGACGUGAAGAUCUACAAGAUGGUGGUCAAGGGCACUGUGGAAGAGCGGAUCGUCGCGCUACAGGAUCGCAAGCGUGAAUUGGCCAACGCCACAAUCGAGGGUAAGGCCGGUGCUGGAAAGCUCACCAUGCGUGACAUGAUGGCUCUCUUCGGUCGUGAUGCCGAGCACAACUUCAAGGAUGAUCAGACCACACUUGAUUUCAAGCAAUCCGCUGGGCUGCUGAGUUCCCCGGAUGAGGGCGAACCUCACGCCUCUCACGAUUCUCUACAUUCUCUACACUCUGAUGCCCGCGUCCGGGGCCGCGAGUCCCAGAGUAGAAAGUCGCGGAAUGAAGAUUCCAUCUACGGCCGUCGGUGGUGA